GAGUUCAAAGAUAUACAUAUGAUAUAUUGUAUAUUGUUUCGUGCUUUUAUCAACCGCAAGUGUCGUAUACACUACCCCAGUUUGUUUUAUACAAUUUUAUUAUAUUACUGACAUAAAAAUCGCGUGAACGGAAAGCCGUUUUGAAUAAAAUUGACUAAAAACGUAUUAAACACUUUACAGAUAUGACGAUGCAGUAGUAGAUUAUUAACGAUAACACAGAAUUUUCAAUAAUUUUCUAAGAGUAUUACAUAAACAUAAGGAAAAUUGGUAGUGAUAUGGAUUUUUCCAAACGAUAUGUUAAGGUGUCCCCAGAGGAAAAUGCAAACAUACUUUCCCGACUUUUUUUUUGCUGGUUUCUGCCAUUCCUUAAAUACGGAUACAAACAUCAAAUAGAAUUACAGGACAUAUAUAAUACUGUCCCCUCCGACUUGUCAAGUCCACUAACUAACUCACUUCAAAGAAACUGGGAAGAAGAAAUAGAAAUUGUUAGGAAACGUAAUAAUAAGAAACCUAGCUUAAAAAAGGCCGUGUUUAAAACAUUUUGGAAGACGUAUUUAUUUCCUGGUAUUGGAAUAUUUACACAAUGUGUUGUUAUCAGGAUGAUACAACCAUUAAUACUAGCUGAAUUUAUCUCAUUUUUCGAUACAAAAGAUCAAGACUAUUUAGGAUGGAUUUGGGGAUCUACUCUAAUUUUGAUAUCAUUUAUCAAUCUCAUUACAACGCAUAAUUCUUUUUUUUGGGCACAAAGACUUGGUAUGAGAGUACGGAUUGCAAUGAGCUCAUUAAUUUAUAGAAAACUUCUGAAACUUAGUCACAAAUCGCUUGGAGAUACUCCCGCUGGGCAUGUAGUGAAUUUGCUUUCCAACGAUGUCCAAAGAUUUGACUCGGCAGCAGCAAAUUUACAUUAUCUUUGGAUAAUGCCCAUAAAUACUUUAGUAGGACUUGUUAUUCUUUAUCAGUAUGUUGGAGCUGUCGCAGCUUUGACUGGAAUGUUAUUCGUAACUUUGAUAUCUCUUCCUUUGCCAGGUACCAUUUCCAGAUGGCAAGGGAAACUUAGAUAUAAGAUUGCAGUAAGAACUGAUAAAAGAGUGAAACUUAUGAAUGAAAUAACAUCGGGAAUCCAAGUAAUUAAGAUGUACUCCUGGGAAAAACCAUUUGAGAAAGUCGUCAAGCUCUCAAGACAGCUAGAAGUAGACGUUAUAUCUAAAACUGCGUAUUGUUAUGGAAUCCUAUCAGCAAUGAGUGUAUUUACUGAGCGAUUAGUUCUUUAUGUAACACUCAUUACAUUCGUUUCGAUUGGUCAAAGAUUAACGAGCAACGUUGCAUUCUCCUCGGCUCAACUUUUCAACAGCAUCCAAGCUAUCAUGGCAAUAUCAUUUCCGAAUGCUUUAUCAUCCUAUUCUGAAGCCAAAGUUUCUUUGAAAAGGUUAGAAGAAUUUUUAACAUUAGAUGAGAAUACUGAACAAGCGAUAACAAACAAGGAAACAGAUACUCAGCAGUUAGGUGAAAUAAAAUUGAAAUCCGUAACAGCAAAUUGGAAUCCCAAGAACAUUGUUCCCACAUUAAUUAACGUCGAUUUACAUAUCAAACCAGGAACUUUAUGCUGCGUUAUUGGUAAUUUGGGCUCUGGUAAAAGUAGUCUUUUGCAGUUAUUAUUAAAAGAACUAUCACCGUCUAAAGGAGAAAUAAGUGUAUCUGGAAAAACGGCGUAUGCUUCUCAGGAGCCUUGGUUAUUUGUAUCGAAUAUCAGGAAUAACAUUUUAUUUGGAAAGCCGUACGAUAACGAAAGAUAUCGUAAAGUAAUUAACGCUUGUUGUUUAGAAAGAGACUUUGAGCAAUUUCCCCAUAGCGACAAAAAUUUAGUUGGGGAAAAGGGAAUAGGUCUUAGUGGUGGUCAAAGAGCGAGAGUAAAUUUAGCCAGAGCCGUCUACACAGAAGCAGAUAUAUAUUUGUUAGAUGAUCCACUUUCUGCAGUAGAUACGAAAGUAGGAAGGCAUUUAUUUGAAGAAUGUAUAUUGAAAUACUUAGCUGGAAAAACAAGGAUUUUAGUAACACACCAACUACAAUUCAUUAAACAAGCUGAUCUUAUUGUUAUAAUUAGUAAUGGCAAAAUAGAACACGUGGGAAAAUUCUGUGACUUGUCAGAAGAUUAUCUUGAUACUUUACAGCAUAAUUCUAAUAACGACAACAUGACGAAGGAAGAGAAUAUUAUUGAACAUAAAGACAUUAAAUCUGGUUAUCGAACUGACAAAAUUGACCUUCAAUCUUCUAUUUCACUAGCGCAUUCCGCACAACUUGAUGAUCCAGAGGAAUCUGAAGAAUUGAUAAAAAAAGGUGACAUUUCCAAUUCAACGUAUUUCGAGUAUUGGAAAUCUGGCGCUGGAAUAGUUUUUUUAAAUUUUACUUGUCUCAUGUUCAUUUUGGCUCAAGUUAUCACUAAUGCAUCAGAUCUUUGGUUAACACACUGGACCAAUAUUGAAUCAAGAAGAUACAAGUUUCCUACUUCCAAUCAGACACCGAAAAUAUCUGAUGCUGAACACGUAUCUAACUGGACGAGUGACCCUCAUAUGUUUUCUACACCACUCACAAUUAUUUUAGAUACACAAUCAGAAGCUGCAGUACUUACAAAUCAAGUAUUCAAUAAAACUGUUACUGCAUUAUCAGAUUUGGAGAAUUCAACUAGUAAAGUGAAUAUUAUAACAGAUGAUUUCAACAAUGCUGGAGAUCGAGAUUACUAUAUCUGGAUUUACACAAUAUUGAUAGCUGGAUCAGUGAUAUUUCUUACUUUUAGAUCUUUCUUGUAUUACCGUAUAUGUAUGAAUGCUUCUAAAGUUUUGCAUAAUAAAAUGUUUAGUUGCAUCCUGAAAGCACCAAUAAGAUUCUUUGACAUCAACCCAUCAGGAAGAAUACUAAAUAGGUUUACAAAAGAUAUGGGUUGCGUUGACGAACUAUUACCCCGUUGUCAAAUGGAUGCCAUACAGAUUUUGGUAGUAAUGGUUGGUAUACUAAUAAUGGUGUUCAUUGUAUCACCAUGGAUGUUAAUUCCUGUAAUUUUACUUGCACCUAUUUAUUAUAUUUGGCGCACAAUAUAUAUGGCAACAGCUCAGUCUUUGAAAAGACAUGAAGGAGCUGCAAAAGCUCCAGUAUUUUCACACAUAUCAGCGUCUAUGCACGGCAUUACGACUAUCAGAGCUUCUAAAGCCCAAGAAAUGGUUAUAAAAGAAUUUGAUACUCUGCAAGAUCAACAUACUAGUACAUGGCUAUCAUUUUUGGUGAGCAGUGCAACUUUUGGAUUUUAUUUAGACGUUAUCAGUUGGACUUUCUUAGUCAUAGUUACUUUCCAAUUCGUUAUUUUUAAAAGCGAAGAUACAUUAAGUGGUAGUGUGGGUUUAGUGAUAUCCCAAUGCCUAAUAUUAACUGGAAUGGUGCAAUAUGGAGUUUUUAUGACAGCACAAGUAGCAGGAAAUAUGAUAAGUGUUGAGAGAAUACUUCAAUAUACUAAAUUGGAGAAGGAAGGUCCAUUUGAAUCAUUAGCCACCAAAAAACCACCCAGAGAUUGGCCAAGUAACGGGAACAUUAUGUUUAAAAAUGUAUAUCUUCGGUAUUCUCAUGAAUUGCAACCUGUUUUGAAGAAUGUAAAUAUAGAUAUAAGAUCGAGAGAAAAGAUGGGUAUCGUGGGACGUACUGGUGCAGGAAAAUCGACUCUUAUUGCUUCUUUGUUUCGAUUGGCUCCAAUAGAUGGUAUAAUUUCUAUAGACGAUAUAGAUACUUCCGAAAUCGGAUUAGAUGAUUUGAGAUCAAAAAUUUCAAUCAUUCCGCAAGAGCCAAUUUUGUUUUCCGCUUCUGUAAGAUACAAUUUAGAUCCGUUUGAGUCGCACAGCGACGAGAUAUUAUGGGAAGCCUUGGAAAAUGUAGAGCUAAAGACUGUAAUAACUGAUUUGAAUCAAAAUAUUAGUGAGGGAGGCUCGAAUUUCAGUGUAGGCCAAAGACAAUUGAUUUGUUUAGCUAGAGCAAUAGUUCGAAAUAACAAAAUUCUUGUGAUGGAUGAAGCUACAGCUAACGUUGAUCCAGGAACUGACAUCCUUAUUCAGAAAACUAUACGUGAGAAAUUUAAAAAUUGUACUGUGAUAACUAUUGCUCACCGACUAAAUACUGUCAUGGAUUCCGAUAAAGUUUUGGUAAUGGAUGCAGGUGAAGCCGUGGAAUUUGAUCAUCCUCACAUACUUCUACAAAAUCAAGAUGGAUAUUUUAAUAAAAUGGUUAGAGAAAUGGGUCCAGAAAUGGAGACGAUGCUAAGAAGUAUAGCUAAAACUAACUACAAAAAUUAGUAUUAUUUUUUUAAACUUUAUCACAUUAUCAAUGUUUGAUUUUGAAUAAUAUAAUUUUAUAGAAUAA